AUUGGAAAACCAAGUCGUUGAGAUUAGAAAAAGAAAAAAGAAAUGGAGGAUUGGUUAUCUUCUCCGGAGAGGUGGGGAGAGACGAUUUCGGAGAAAGUAUUAUCAGUUUACAAUACACUUCCAAAGAAAGGCAAACCUCAAGGUCGUGAAGUCACUGUCUUGGCUGCAUUUCUCCUUUCUUCUCCUUCACCACAAGAUUUGGAAGUUGUGGCGUUAGGGACGGGGACGAAGUGUCUUGGUCGCUCGCAGUUAAGCUCAAAUGGUGAUGUGGUGAAUGAUUCACACGCUGAAGUAGUUGCUCGCAGAGCCUUGAUGAGGUUCUUCUACACACAGAUUUACCAUCAGUCCCAGAGCAACAGUGAGAGUGAACAUCACAAAACGAAAAAGAUGCGGUGCGACAAUGUAAACAACUUCUUGCUUCAAAUAGAUGAGGAGGCUGGAGCUGAAAGAAAAUAUGUCAUGAGAAAGUGCUGGAAAUUGCACUUAUACAUAUCUCAGUUACCAUGUGGCGAUGCUUCAUCAUCAGCUACUAGAGACGUCCAAGCUAGGUCAGAUAAUGUGGCACCAUGUUUGUUCGAUAAAGGGGAUGAUUCACAAUGCAUAGGCUCAGUUCAGAGGAAGCCUGGUCGUGGUGAUACAACAUUGUCAGUUAGCUGUUCUGACAAGAUAGCUCGAUGGAAUGUAGCUGGACUUCAAGGAGCUCUUCUCUCGUACUUUCUCCAGCCCGUUUUUCUUUCCUCUAUAACAGUUGGAUUAUCCCCUCAUAAUGCCAAAAAUUGUAUAGUAGAGGGACUGUUGAAAAGUGCAGUAUGUGACAGAGUACAAUUAUUUUCAAAUGAGCUAAUGAAUCCCUUAAAGGUGAAUCAGCCACUAUUUUGUACAGCUCCAAUACCACCGAAGGAGUUUCAACACUCAGAGUCUGCUUUGAACACUAUUACUUGCGGGUAUUCUAUCUACUGGAAUAAGUCUGGCUUGCAUGAGGUCAUUCUUGGAACUACUGGAAGAAAGCAAGGAGCCUCUGCUAAAGGGGCACAGUAUCCAUCUACAGAGUCAUCUUUAUGCAAGAAGCGCUUACUGGAAAUGUUUUGGUCACUUAAAAGUGAAUGCACUACUAAAUUUCCUUCCACUGACAUUUCUUAUAGAACACUAAAGGAUGGAUCCCAAGAUUAUUAUUUAACAUCUAAAGUUUUCAAGGAACAACCAGCAUUUAGGAACUGGAUAUCAAAACCGAUAAACUACGAGGCUUUCUCCUUUGGAUGUUAGUGAGGUACGUGUUUUGUUUGCCGUCUAUUUUAAUGGCAAACCCAAAGAUAAAAGGGGUGAAUAUAAAUGUUUCUGAAGGACCUGCCCCCAUGUUUGAAGACAAUCUUGUAUUGUGCCAAUGAAUUAGUUUAUGGCUCUUUCAUUAUCAUUAUGUUUUAUUUUCAACCUCUCGAGGUUCCAUAGGAUGUUAUUAACAACAAAUCACACACUACAAACAUAUGAAUUUCAACUAGUAUAGAUUGUAAUAGCAAUUUUGUUCCCUUGUUUCAUCAAAAGUGCUACUCCUCUCCCUCUCUCUAUGAUUUGAAAA